GGGUUUCGCCUUGCUUAUCGUGGGGCACUGAAUGGUCACUGUGCGGCCAGGGAAGUCUCCAGCACAGCCUCGGGAAGACAUUCCUAUUACAUAUUUAUUACUUUGGCGCGGGCCAUUCAUGACAGGUGGGAGAGGAGUGAGGUGAGAUUCAGACGUUGGGACUCUUGCAUGGCAGAGAUGCCCAAAACUUCGCCCCUUCCCCGGUUGGGGGGCCACGAACCGCCUCUUAGGGCUCAGCCUCAGCAGCAGGUGGUUCAGCCGGCAAGUGCUUCGAACCCAGCCGCCGCCUGCGCUCCAUCUCCCCGGCCCUCGCUAGUCUCGUCCCGCGGGUACAGCUCUUGGGCCUCGGCCAGCGCGAGCCUCCUGGCCAAGAGCUCUCAAACCCCAAAUCUUUCCAGGGGCAAGCGAGCGGCCUAGCAGCCGCUCCUCUCCCGAAGAGGGGUCAGGGUCCUCGCUGCCAGGCCUCAGCCCCCUCCCCGGGAAGCCGUCGCGAAGGGGUCCCCAGGGGCCGCAGCAGCGAAGGCCCUCUGCGUUCCAGGCAAGGAGCUAGGCUGAGGUCCCCGCCGGUGAGGGCGGAAGUGGUAAGACUGACGUGUCCUGGGCCGCGCUGCUGAUCGCCGGGAGGACCCCCGCCUCGCCGAGGACGGGCGGGGCAAGCCGAGCCUCACGGGGUCUCCGGAGCUGGGCCGGGCCUCCAGAUGGAGAAGGCGCAGCGGGGAGUUCUUGAGUUCCACUGCCUUAAGGAUGACAGUCGUAGGGAACCCUCGAAGUUGGAGCUGCCAGUGGUUGCCAAUCCUGAUACUGUUGCUGGGCACAGGCCAUGGGCCAGGGGUGGAAGGUGUGACACACUACAAGGCCGGCGACCCUGUCAUUCUAUAUGUCAACAAAGUGGGACCCUACCAUAACCCUCAGGAAACUUACCACUACUAUCAGCUUCCAGUCUGCUGCCCUGAGAAGAUACGUCACAAAAGCCUUAGCUUGGGUGAAGUGCUGGAUGGGGACCGAAUGGCUGAGUCUUUGUAUGAGAUCCGCUUUCGGGAAAACGUGGAGAAGAGAAUUCUGUGCCACAUGCAGCUCAGUUCUGCACAGGUGGAGCAGCUGCGCCAGGCCAUUGAAGAACUCUACUACUUUGAAUUUGUGGUAGAUGACUUGCCAAUCCGGGGCUUUGUGGGCUACAUGGAGGAGAGUGGCUUCCUGCCACACAGCCACAAGAUAGGACUCUGGACCCAUUUGGACUUCCACCUAGAAUUCCAUGGAGACCGAAUUAUAUUUGCCAAUGUUUCAGUACGGGACGUCAAGCCCCACAGCUUGGAUGGGUUACGACCUGACGAGUUCCUAGGCCUUACCCACACUUACAGUGUGCGCUGGUCUGAGACUUCAGUGGAGCGUCGGAGUGACAGGCGCCGUGGUGACGAUAGUGGUUUCUUUCCUCGAACACUGGAAAUCCAUUGGUUGUCCAUCAUCAACUCCAUGGUGCUUGUGUUUUUACUGGUGGGUUUUGUGGCUGUCAUUCUUAUGCGUGUGCUUCGGAAUGACCUGGCUCGGUACAACUUAGAUGAGGAGACCACCUCUGCAGGUUCUGGUGAUGACUUUGACCAGGGUGACAAUGGCUGGAAAAUUAUCCAUACAGAUGUCUUCCGCUUCCCCCCAUACCGUGGUCUGCUCUGUGCUGUGCUUGGCGUGGGCGCCCAGUUCCUGGCCCUUGGCACUGGCAUUAUUGUCAUGGCACUGCUGGGCAUGUUCAAUGUGCACCGUCAUGGGGCCAUUAACUCAGCAGCCAUCUUGUUGUAUGCCCUGACCUGCUGCAUCUCUGGCUACGUGUCCAGCCACUUCUACCGGCAGAUUGGAGGCGAGCGUUGGGUGUGGAACAUCAUUCUCACCACCAGUCUCUUCUCUGUGCCUUUCUUCCUGACGUGGAGUGUGGUGAACUCAGUGCAUUGGGCCAAUGGUUCGACACAGGCUCUGCCAGCCACAACCAUCCUGCUGCUUCUGACGGUUUGGCUGCUGGUGGGCUUUCCCCUCACUGUCAUUGGAGGCAUCUUCGGGAAGAACAACGCCAGCCCCUUUGAUGCACCCUGUCGCACCAAGAACAUCGCCCGGGAGAUUCCACCCCAGCCCUGGUACAAGUCUACUGUCAUCCACAUGACUGUUGGAGGCUUCCUGCCUUUCAGUGCCAUCUCUGUGGAGCUGUACUACAUCUUUGCCACAGUAUGGGGUCGGGAGCAGUACACUUUGUACGGCAUCCUCUUCUUUGUCUUCGCCAUCCUGCUGAGUGUGGGGGCUUGCAUCUCCAUUGCACUCACCUACUUCCAGUUGUCUGGGGAGGAUUACCGCUGGUGGUGGCGAUCUGUGCUGAGUGUUGGCUCCACCGGCCUCUUCAUCUUCCUCUACUCAGUUUUCUAUUAUGCCCGGCGCUCCAACAUGUCUGGGGCAGUACAGACAGUAGAGUUCUUCGGCUACUCCUUACUUACUGGUUAUGUCUUCUUCCUCAUGCUGGGCACCAUCUCCUUUUUUUCUUCCCUAAAGUUCAUCCGGUAUAUCUAUGUUAACCUCAAGAUGGACUGAGUUCUGUAUGGCAGAACUAUUGCUGUUCUCUCCCUUUCUUCAUGCCCCGUUGAACUCUCCUACCAGCUUCUCUUCUGAUUGACUGAAUUGUGUGAUGGCAUUGUUGCCUUCCCCUUUGCCCUUUGGGCCUUCCUUCCCCAGAGAGGGCCUGGAAAUUAUAAAUCUCUAUUACAUAAGGAGUAUAUAUUUGAACUUUUUAAGUUGCCUUUAGUUUUGGUCCUGAUUUUUCUUUUUACAAUUAUCAAAAUAAAAUUUAUUAAGAAAAAGGA